AUGGCGACGCAGCGGGAGCCUUAUGUGCGGUCUUUCACUCUCGACAGCGUACCGACAAUCAACUCUCGUGGCGAAGUUCAACACAUUGGCCGUUUCGAUGGCAUCAACAACAAGACUGAGCAUUGGGACCACUUACGCAAAGAUGAAGAGCUGUGGUCACAAGAUGCAGAUUGCCUCAUCCACUUCUACGCAGCCAACACUUCUCGCCGUGGACCGAGUCUCAAAAUACCUCUGAAGGUCGUCGAGCAAACCAAAAGUCGCUUCCUGCUCGAACAAUGCCUACACAGGCCGGCUCCCGCUAGUCCAAUCAACAGCGAGGACGAUAACUCCGAUAGUGGUUACAGCGGGUCCGUCAAUGGCAGUCAACAUGGCAGCUUUGAACUGCACAUUCCAUCGCCGCCGUAUCCAACCCGGCAACAAGCUCAUACGUUUCAUCUCACCACGAGGAACUUCUUCGCAUUCCUGCUCGACGUGCCAUUGGUGGGCCCGACUCUUGGUACCGCACUCACUCAGCUGUGGCAUCGGCUUCAGCUUUGGCAGGUCGACGACACCUGCGAGUCAAAGUUCCACACGUACUGUGAAGAUCAGGGCUAUCUGAGCUAUGUGGAGAACCCGGACUAUGCAGCAGCAUCGUUGUAUUUUGCAGAGCAGACAAAAGCGAGGGAAAUGUGGUCGGAAACCUUCACACACUGCGUGGGCAUGUAUGAGCGACUGGUCCAUAGUGAGGACUAUGCUCGACUGUGCGACGAAACAAAAGACAUGCUGGCGCGAUCCGCAAUUGACAUGAAGGCUCACAUCGUCGGGGUGACUGAGAGCUUGGGCACUUUCCUCGAGGAAGAUCUUGGACCAGAGAAACUCGGCUUGUCGAAGCAAUUGAGAGACCAUCUCGACAGGUUUCGAAGUACCCUGCACUUGUUCUAUGUACACGAGAUCAACGGCUACUUCCCUCCGGACGCGAACGAUCCUUGGGGUAAGCGACUGUGGCACGGCAUGUACGAUGACUUCCACAACCUUUACAUUUACCUGGCAGACACAAAAUCUACCGACGAACAUGCUAGCAUCUUGGGCUCUCAGGGCGGACUAUGUGUGGCUCAGAACCUGAAUGCGUUUGAUCACCGCCACGGUUUUAUCGCUUUGCCAUACACAAUGCCUCUUCUGCCGGAGCACCAAAUAAGUACACAGAGCUGGACCGCGGGACCUCGCCGAACUUUCGGAUCACUGCGCGUAAAGCGAUCGAACACAAACAGCCCGCCAAAGUCAUCUCCAAGGCAGGCGCUAUCCAAAGCAAGUAAUCAGAGCGACAGCAGUGUGACGAGCAAUCGCCUGGUGCAAGAAUACAUUCGUUUCGAGAAUCUAAAAGAUGAAGAGAAGGUUCCGGCAACUGAAGCUCGCAAAGUUCGAUGGAUCCUGGUAUACAGCGUACUGCAAUUGCUAAUCAGCAUCACCAAAGCGCCAGCUGAGGUUCGUCAUACGCAAGGCACAACUUAUCCCCUCUGCGUUCUGGAUUCAGCUUGUCCCACAUGGCCUGAAGAUCACUUGACUGUUCCGCGACCCGAACAACACGCGGCGCAGUAUCUUGCUGCCGUGGAGGAAGUGCGAAAGUCUUUCGAGGAGGACAGGAUCUCGAUCCAUCCUGACUGUGAGGCAAGCUGCGCCGCCGACUACUUCUCCAUGAACUCGCUUCCAAGAAACGAUCCUAGUCCACCUCCAGCAACCGCCGCAAUUCCUCCACUCAGAAGGUCUUUGACUCUGUCACGUACUGCUUCUAUACGAUCCAGUGUGAGUACUCUACACAGGUCUGUGGUUGGCAGUCUGGCGCGAAGGAACAGUUCGCGCAGAAACAGUAUCUUGGCGCCUUCUGCAAAAUCACCAACCCAGGGCACCUUCUGCGAGACGCUUCAUGAGUUGCAAGGCAGUGAAGUUGGCGAGUCUUCUCCUGUUGACAGUAUCAUGAAUGUCGACUCAAAGUUCGACGAGGCGAAGGCUGUGCCGUUCGAGCAGCAACAGUCCAAGUGGACAGAUGCUCCAGCUCUAGAGAUGCAACAGCUUUCUCUCACCGAAUCUGCAGUGCCCAUGAGAAAGUUGCGCCACACGAAUGGAAUGCGACGACACAAACGAAUCAAGUCCCGAUCAGGACCUGUCAAUUGCGGCACUUCGCUUUCGGAAGAAACAUUGGAUUCUAACGCGCCCAUGGAUCUGCCUCAGAAGCUCGCAUCAGAUCUUAGUACCUUUGCGGGAUUCCAAUUUGACUUUGACAUACCGCAGAAGACUGCAGACUCGGACAAGCAGAAGUCUACAGCGCCGCCAGCAUUAUAUCAUGAAUCAACCCCAGGCAAAUGGGCAAACAUCAAUGUAGGAUGUUAUGAGCCCACUGGCCAAUUCACGAGAAAGAAUCGAGUGGCAAGUGACGCCUCGCUUGCCUCGAUAGCCUCAAACACGAGCUCCAACUAUCCAGAAGACAGUUUACAAGCAGAUGAUAUUGAAGAAGAAGAUGUGCGCGGAAGAGGUCGCGUCAGAGGUCUCGGCAGACGACAGCAUUUGGCUUUUGUUCAUGUUAGAUAAGAUACCCACUCCUGCGAUCGAUGCAUUUUUGUAGCUCUUAAAAAGAC